AUGUCUUCAUACUACCAGUUUAACCACCACCAGGCGCAUCCCACCCCUGCCGUCCCCGGUGCCUCCCACAACCACCAUGGCGGCCGGAAUCGCAGAGCGCCCCGGCUUUCUGUUUCCCAGAACCAGCACAAGCAGUUCCGUGGCGUCCGAAGCAUGAAGGAGUUGAACGAUUCCACCACCCUCAACCUUUUCCGCUCAAAGUUUGAGGCCGUACGCUCGUUCGACCUCGAAGACGACAUGGAAUUCUGCCCUGGCCUGUUGACCGACAGCGACAUGAACUCCAUCAGCUCUUCUGAGCGUUCUUCCCUGGCCAGCAACUCUCCUGAGUCCUCUCCGACGCAGCAACCCCAGACCGUCGCCCCUGGGUUCUCCCUCAACUCUUCUUCUCCCGCCUUCAUCCCUCCCGCGUACCAGCAGUCUAGCCUGAAGCUUCACCAGCCUGCGGCUACCCGCGCCCGCAAUGCCAUUCCCAUCGUCAACCCGGCCACCGGCAUCACCAUGUCGAGCCCGCCGCCCUCGGUUUCCCCCGCCAGGAUGCAGCAGGGCAUGGGUCGCAGAUGGUAA